AUGAUAUCUUUAUAUUAUUAGACCUAAAAAUCGAUUACGGUAUCAGGAAUUCAGCUGCCACAUCAUUUUCAACAGCCUUUAGAUAUGAAUUAUGCUCAAUAUAUCAUCCCUUAAUAAAUAUACUUUAAGUUAGAAGUGUUAGAUUAUUAAAUAGUGAUUGCUUCUAUUUACAUAGUGCAGUUGAAGAAUCAUCUCUAAGUCUCAAUCUAAUUUAAUAUGAUUGCAUAAAUGUUUCUUUAAAGAUAAUUACUAAAAAAUUGGAUUAAUGAUAAUGUUCAACAUUCAUUUACAAUAGACAUAGAUCCAUAAGAGUAUAACAGUGUUUUGAGUUUGUUUUAUUUUUACUAUAGCCUUUAUAGGCAAUAUUAGAAUUAUGUUGCAGAUUUAUAUGGAAAAAUAUUUGAGAAAACUUGA